CCCCGGGCGGCCCCGGUGACCGCGCCUGUGAUCCCUGUGCUGCAGCAGCGGCCGGCGCCCCCGGACCUCCCCCGGGCCCCCCGCGCUCCGCGCCCGCCGCAGCCUGGAGCCCGCAGGGCAACGCCCAGGAAGAUCGCUUUUGAGGAUGAGCUGCCCUCCCAGACUCGCCUGAGCGCCGAGAAGCCCGUCCGAGCCAUCCCUGGUGGGCACGUGCCUGCCCGGCCUCACCCGGUGCCCGACUACGAGCUGAAGUACCCGGCGGUGAGCAGCGCGAGGGAGAGGAGGCGCUAUGCCGCCGUGUUCGAGGACCAGCGCGCGGAGUUCCUGGAGCUCCGGCGGGACGUGGGGCGCGCGCAGGCGAAGCUGCGGCAGCUGGAGGCCCUGCUCUGCGCCCUGCCCGCGCCCCGCAGCCAGGAGGAGGCCCAGGUGGCGGCCCGCGUCUGCAGGGAGUUUGAGAGGAAGCGGAGGGCCCCUGGCUUCCUGGACAAGCAGGCCCGCUGCCACUACCUGAAGGGGAAACUGAGGCAUCUCAAGACCCAGAUCCAGAAAUUCGACGACGGAGGAGGCAGCGAGGGCUCCGUGUACUUCUGAGCGUGCUGGCAGACAGGCGGGGACAGAGGG